CUGCUUGAAUUGUAAAAUGUAAAUGCCCUACAACUCUACUACAGCUCGACGUUCGUUAUUUGAUAUUUCGUUAAUUUGUUUGAUAAACGAUAUUAAAAGAUUGUGAUAGAAUAUGGUUAUUUUGUUUAGAAUUAUCCGAGAAUUCUUACGGUUUUAACCUUUUAACGAUAGGUAUUUAAUAAGUUGUUCGUUGGAAACGUAAUUUGUAAAUUGACGUUUGCAACAUCAAACAAUUUCUACUUUGAAUUUCAUCUUUAAGAAUCAGAUUAAAAACGAUAACAAAUAUUACGUUCUACGUUCGUUCUGGUUACCUAAUAGUAUGCUGAUCUCGGUGUAAAAACAACCAUCUACGUUAUACGAUUUCAAUAGCAUCCGCUGUCAGAGCCAUGGAUCGUCCGAUUUUAGUAAACGAAUUUGAAGACAUGGGAAUGUCCAUAUCCGAUGACAUUAUUGAUGAAUGUGUCAUUGUAUGUCAUACACAUAAAAUAUCUGCAUCAGAUUUAGUUGGAUCUUGGAUAGCAUAUUGUGCAUCAUCUCAAAUCGAUUCAAAUGAUUUAAACAAAGAAAGGCUUGCUACAUUAGUUAAAUCCUUCAAGGACGAUGACAAAAUAAAAGCAAAUGACAAGAAAUUGAUUGAAAACAAAUCCAAUUUAAAUGAAUCAGCAGCUCCUACACAAUCAGUUGGUAGUCCAUCAUCAUUGAAAAAUACUUAUGGAACUAAUAUUAUACAAAUCGAAAACGAAUUCAAAGUGUCUGACAUUAUUGAUGAAGAUAAUAUAAAAGAAGAAAAUGAGUUUUCUUCUACUGGAGAUGUCACGUGCAGUUUUGGUCUGGAAAAUAUUAAUAAAAAUGAUCCGUCGGUUUGCGUGGAGAAAUUGUCCUUAACGAAACAAGAAUUAUGGGAUAACUAUGUAUUUGGUCAAGUAAAUUAUCAAAAAUUUAAUGAUCAUGUUCAGGAAUUAGUGAAUGAUAUUGUUCAGAAAAAUGACCUAAAACUUGUAACAUCUUUGUCUGGAUUGUACUGUGGAAACAACACAGACAUAACUAUUUCUGGCAGUUUGCGGUUAAUAAAAAAUGAAUUGUUUCUCGAUUCCUUGCAUGGUUUAUUAAAAAUCGAUUUGAGUGAUGUCGAACAGCCUUUUGAAUCAUUGUUUGCGAAUCAGAUUUUAGUCGUUACCGGUACCAAUCCUAAUACUAAAGUUUUUAGAGCCAAACGAUUUUAUACUGAUGCUUCGUUGCCACUGUCAAGCAAAUUACCAAGCUUUACAGAAGGCAACUUGAAAUUAAUGGUCGCCGCGGGACCGUUUUUUACCGAGUCUUCUCCACAUGGAAAGUUAUUGAAAUCUUUAGUACAAAAAACAGUCGAUUUGGAAGCACAGUUGUUGAUAUUGUUGGGCCCGAUGUUUGAUGCAGAUUUUUUGGUACAGCUGAACAAAAGGACAUCAGAAGACAUUCAACAAUGUUAUGACGAAGUGUUAGAUUCUGUUCUGAAACCUUUAUUUAACAAUCCUGGAAGUCAAAACACAAAAGUGCUGAUGUUAAGUUCAUGGAAAGAUUUCGAAAAUUAUUCUUUCUACCCAACGCCUCCAAAUCAGGAGUCGACCUUGCUAAAUUUGUAUCCUAACAAUUUGUAUAUGUUAUCUGAUCCAAGUGUGUUUUCCGUUAAUGACAUAAUAAUUGCUGGUAAUGCAAGCGAUUCUCUUAUGGGUAUACACGGUUCAGCAAUUCAUAACACUAAAGAAGACAUGUUUACUAGGCUAGCCAAACAUAUUAAAUGGCAACGAUGUUUACACCCUUCAUAUGUUGCUAACCCUAAUGUCUGUGUGGACCAUUUACAAUGGGUAGAACACUGUACACUGCAAAAAAACACUCCACACAUUAUACUGACAUCUUCGCAACUUCGUACUUUUAUAAGAGUAGUUGAGGGUUGUAUGGUUAUCAACGUUGGACAGUUACUCAAACAUAACUCCCAAAAACAAACAGUAUCAGGAACAUAUGGCCUAAUUCAAAUAGCUGCUUCAAAAGAUGGCAGUUGGUCAACUCAGUCCAAUAUUUCAGCUGAAAUUGUUCAUAUUUAAUACAUAGGCAGUUUAUUAAUUUCAUUUUUACUUUUAUUUUUUUAUUAACUAUUUUCUAUUUUUCAUUAAUAGCCAUUAUAAUAAAAUAUGCUAAUAGUUAAGAUCCCAUUUUAAAAUAUGAAUUAAUUACUGCAGUGCUUUAUGUAAUCCAAAUUAAAUGCUCAAAAUAAUAUUUAAAAUAAAAAAUGUGAAAAAAACAAUGAACUAAAAUGAAGAAAAGACUAUUUUUUAAUAAUUAAAUUAUUUUAAUAUUUAAAGUAGUUGAGAUUGUUAAAUUGUAAUGUUUUUAAUCAUAGAAUAAAAUCAUCUUUUUUGUA